ACAAAGAUUUUCUUAUUACACUUCUAAACUUUUAACACAAGAUUCUUCAAAAUGUUCUAUAGUGCAGUUAGACCCUUCUUCCAUGUAUUCUUCAAAUGAACCAAUAGAGUAUUAUGAAGAAUCCAACAAACAUUCUUUUGAAGAAAACAAUAUUAAAUUUACUUCUAAAACUUCUAGUAAUAGUAUUAAUUCUUGUGAUGAAUUAAGCAGUGAUAGUUUAUCAAUAUUGGUUAAAAAUGAAUUUUUUGAAGAUAUUGCUAACAAAGCUUUAAAUUUGAAUAAAUUAUCACAAAAUAUUGAUGAGUUUUCACCAUAUUUUAAAAAUACAACUACUGCAUUAAUGUUUAGUUGA